GAUUAUAAUGCAAUAUAACCUUGGUAUUCUGACGUUUGGAAAUUUGACGGCGGUGUUAUUGUAAAAAUGUAAUGCGUUGUAAAUAAUUAAUUUUCUUCGUUUUUCACGUAGGGAAAAAAUAAAUACGUUUCGACGGAAUGCGUAAUGUGAUAUUUAAGCUAGAUUACUUUUGCAAUCAUUUAUUUUUAGCACGACAAGAAUUUCUUAAUAGGCAAAUCUUUCUCCUCGUUAACUAUAUUAUUUUACAAGCGCAUAAACACAGGUAGUAUUAAGAUUACCAGUUGCCAUAAAUAUAAUGAUUGCAGAAAUAGGCACAGAGGGCUUUCAGCCAAUGACAAGUUUUACUGAAGAAAGGCUAUUUAAGUUACAAUGUUUGAUUAAAGCAACAGAGAUACAACACAGUGCACAAUGUGAAUAUGGAAAGAGAUUAUUUUUAGCACUUACAACAGGAAAUGCUGACAUUUUUUUGUAUUAUAAGAAAGAUUCAGUAUCUACUGCAGUAAUUAAAAGAAUACCUUGGUUCCAAGGAUCUCACAAACAAAUCUCAGCUCUAUGUUUUCAUUCUAUGGGAUCAUGGUUGCUCACUACAAGUGUUGAUGGAUCUGUAUAUAUAAUCCCUGCUCUAUACUUCGUAGAUGAAAAUUGUGAGAAGGACAAAAGAUGGACUAGUGAUGAUAUAACUUCUUUUCCUUCUAUUAGUUCACAGUCAUCCCAUUCAAAGCCUACUGCAAUUGUAUGGUGGCAAAGUACAGUAAUACCAGCUGAAAUUGGUAUUAUCGGAACUGAGUAUGGGGAGAUUAUAUUUAUAAAUCUUGAAACUGGCCAUCAAACAAAUGUCACACAAAUCAAAGGGAAUAUUGCCAGUUUGCAUAUUUGUCGCGAUCAAAGUAAUGAUAUUGUAUCUCUUCUGAUAACAAGCCAAUCCAGAGGACAGUGGAGAUUACUUUUGGAGCAGCGUACAUACAGUUGUUUGCAUCAUUUAGAGAAUGGGGAAUCAUAUAAUGCGUUGCAUACAAAUGAUAACAUGUAUGAUAAUACCAAGAUAUUUGCUUCUACUAGAUCCAGAUUGCAAGGACUCAAGCAGUUGUCUGUGGAAAAAAUUGCAAUUCUUAGACAAAAGUUAAUAGAAACAAAAAAUCAGACAUUAGGAGAAAAUUUACAAUAUCAUGAUAUUACGAGCAAUAGAAAUACACAAAAUAUAACUAUUAAUUCUGACUCUUCUACAGAAGUAAAUCAGAAUCAGAUAACACCAGAAGCAAUGUCAAAAGAUGUAUUUCUAAUGUCUCAGUUAGAUAGGGAUGGACAACAAUUAUAUACAUGUUACCAUUCUAUUACAAAUCAGAUAUUGGUAUAUGGACCUAAUUUUACUACUGUACCUUUAUCAGCGCAUAAAGUAUUUGAAUCGUGUAGAAAUGUUUUAUUAACUCAGCGAUUUUUUUUUAUUACUGACAUCAGUCAACGUGUAAUAUAUGUAAUAUCAGACAAAUUAUCCGAAACUCGUAAGAGUGAUAAUGGUAAAUUUAAUCCAGAGUGUAUUGUUGGUCACUUUUCUUUGGUGAAUAGUAAAGAAGUUAUACGUGCCGUGUACAGAGCUAUUGAUUGUACAAAUAGUGCACCAACAACACUUUCUGAAGAAAUUAAACAUAAAUACACAUUACCAAAGGGAGUGAGAGAUAUUAAAAUCGAAUUACCUCAUGUGGAUACUUGUAUAAUUGUAACAAAUCAUUCUGUAUAUAAAAUUGUUUUAAGGAAAUCAAUAUUAUCAAUUUUUAUGGAAUUAGUAUUAAAAAAUAAUGAACUUGAAAAAGCGGCAAAGUUGGCUAUAGUACUCGGUAUUAAUGCACAACAAUUAUUAGAGCAAGCUGGUGAUAUACUUUUAACUAAUAAAGAAUUUCCACGUGCUGUAGCUUGCUAUAAAUUGUCUAAAUGUAGAAUAAUGAAGAGUAUGUUAAAAUUUGCUUCUGUUGGUUAUACAGCGGAUUUAUUACGUUGUCUUACACAUUGUUUAACUUCCCCGGUUAUUAGCGAAAUGCCUGUUGCACCAAGAAUACAUCUUUCUAACUUAUGUGUUCUUGCUUUUAUCGAACGAACGCUGCGAGCUUCAUCUCAAAAGUCCAAAGCUAUAUAUAAAGAAUUUUUGUAUUUCUUAUCUACAAAUUCUUUUUACGAUGAAUUGUUAGCAGUGAAUAUCGCUGGACAGACGUGUCUGUGGGAAGUGUUACAUCAUUUAGCAACACAGAAGGGUCUUUAUGGACAAAUGUUAGAUAUUCUUAUGAGGACAAUACAUACUUUCAGCACAAACAAUUUCCAACCAACACCAUAUGGUUUGUUGAUAUGUAUAAGUGAACCAAGUCUAAUGCAAGCAAUGUUAGUUUAUCCUGAGUUAGCUAGAAGUCAUAUGUCAUUUAUUCUUGAUAAUCUUCAAGACUCUCAAAUUUUUGUACUUCAGAGAUUAGUAACACUAUACGAUCCAACGAAUCCAGUAAUAAGACCUAGGGUAGUGCGAUGCCGAUUACGCCAUAGAACUACUUCGCACAGUUCUCAAUCUAGUCAAUGUGAUUCUAUAGAUCUCGUGGAAAAUGAUGAGGCUGAUACACUCAUAGAAGAAAUCAUAGAAACUUUUUUACUAAUUUUACUGACUUUGAUUUGUAAAAAAUCUAUUUUACAUCAAGAAUCUAUUACAUGUAACAUUGAAUUAUUAGAAUUUAGGAAGGAUCAUAGAAAUACUAAUUCUGGUGUUGAUUUCAAAAGAAGACCAUUAUGUGCUGGAUUCUCUCAUGUUGCUCUAAUUAGGAAUGGAAAUGUUUAUACAUGGGGAAGUUCUGUGCAUGGAUGUUUAGGAAUUGGUCCAUCUGUAUUGAGAUAUGGUUCACCUCAAGCUAUAACUUUUUUCUGGCUUAUGGAAGUUGAGGUUCUCAGUGUAUCUUGCGGUCACUGUCAUACUCUGGCAGUAACUAAUAAUGGCGUUUACGCGUGGGGUUCAAGUCAGUUUGGUCAACUAGGUCUGGGGAAAGUUUUACAAUGUUCAACCCCUGAAUUGAUCACUUCUUUGGCUCAAGAAGUCAUUAUUGAUGCAGUAGCUGGACAAUACCAUUCAGUAGCAUUGACUGCGGAUGGUAGAGUUUUCACAUGGGGUUGGGGUGUUCAUGGCCAAUUGGGUCAUGGUAAUACCGACAAAAAAAUGACUCCCACGUUAGUUACGUCUUUACUUGGUACCGUUAUACGUUACAUUACUGCCGGUCAUGCACAUACAUUAGCUCUUUCAACAGAGGGUAUUGUGUAUGCGUUUGGUUGUAAUAUUUUUGGGCAAUUGGGUGUGGGUAGUAAUGUUAAGAGUUCAGUGCCAAUGAAAGUUUCGUUAUCAGAAAGAAUAACUCUUAUCACAACUGGGUAUUUUCACAAUCUUGCUGUUAGUUAUACAAAUAAGUUAUAUAUAUGGGGAGCUAGUCCCCAAGUACUCCGAUUGCAAGCACAAACGCAAAAACGAACUCGAAUAUUGGAACAACGAGACUUGAAGCAGUUUGAAAAUAUUGACGAGUUCGAAAAAGUCACGGAUUCCGCAAACAUGAAUGAUACAAAUGAAGAAGUCUUAGAAAAUAAUGCACAAAAUAGAAAUGUACAAUCAAAAGCAUGCGGUAUUAGUACAGAAUCGCGAAAAAAAUUAGAUAACACGUGUUUAAAAAGUGUAAACGUCGGGUCCCUUGAAGAAGCUCAAACACAUUUAAAACCAACCAUUGUAGAUACGAGUUUAGUCAAAGGGGAUAUCAUCCGGAUAUCAGCUGGUUGCCACCAUAAUGCUCUCAUGACGAAGGAUGGAUCGCUUUAUAUGUGGGGCAGAAAUUUAGAUGGUCAGAUAGGCAAUGGUAGCAGACGGGAAGUGCCGAUUCCUACGCCAUUGUGUUACAAUCCCGCUUCGAUUUUUGCACAAGUACCACCAAGGCAUAAUGCUUACAAACGAGUGGAGGAGGAACAAGAUUUAAACGGCGAUGUAAAGAAUUCUGCGGUGAACGAAAAAAAUGGAAAUGUACAUGAUGAAGCCAGAUCAUUCCAAGCAGAAAGUAGUAAAUCCAAGGAAAAAAUAAACCCUGUAAUUAAAACUGUUGCAAUUCACUGCGGAUACGAUUAUACAGUCGCUAUUCAACCAGGAGGUACAGUUCUAGCUUGGGGUAAUAAUAGUAGAGCACAAUUAGGUCGGCUUCCUGCAAAAGAUGCACGUGACACCGACGAUAAGCUUGUGUUGAUUAAAAAGCGAGUUGUACGGCUCCCUCACGCAUCGCAUGUAGCUUUGGACGUGCCUAGUCAAGUUCCUAAUAUUCCCGCUCCCAUUAUUUCUUAUCAAAGUUAUGAUAUACCCUCUCUGGCGGGUAUAAUUCGUCCUUUAAGCGUUAUCGAAAAAUCACCAGGAGAAUUGACGCUACAUUAUGCAUUAGAAUAUUUCUCUGGUUUAUAUGAUUCCUCAAGAAUUAUAGAGAAGUGCGUCGAGUUGGGAAACUAUCAGGCUUGCUCAAAAAUAGCUAUGCUACAGCAUAAUAUUUCCGAUGCGUUUUCGUAUCAAUUGAAAAUUUUACACGUAUUGAGUCUGCAAUCUUGCUCAAAAGUGAAGUCUGAAAAUUUGCGCGAAAAGACAGAACGAAAAUCUUUGGAUGAGUGUGAUUUAAAGAAGUCUUCAUCAGCACAUCACGUUAGAAAAAACACUGAACUUUUUAAUAAACAGAUAGAGAAGAAUCUGAUUGAUUCUGUAAAAGAUUGCGCCGCUAGAAAUAAAAUGAAAAUUCCUGCAAGCAAAUCAUUGAAUAGUCUGCAAACGCUUCAACAAGAACUAUACACAUUCGAUUGUCAAGGUGGCUUAGAAGAACUGUGCAGAGAUAUUAAAUGUGAAAAUGCACCUAUGGAGAUUUUCGGGGAUAGUUUUGAUUCUGACACUAGUUCUGAUUCGGAAGAAUGGUUGGAAAGUCUUAUUUUCAAGGAAAAUCAAUUACCAAAGCAAAAAAAAGCAGAAACAUCCACUAAAGAUAGUUCUUCUCCUCCUUCUACUCCUAUGAAAGAAAGUGUAGAUCAGUUGCCCAAAAACAACGGGACAUUUUAUGAAAAGAAAAUUGCUCGAUCUUGGCAGAAUAAUAUAACCAAUGAAGCUAUAAAAGUUAUUAAGUUUUUCUUGAAUGAAAUGGAAAACGAAGCGGACACUGUCAAGUGUAAAAUGUUACAAGAUGCGCUUGAGUUCUGGAUUAAACACGAUUUACCGAUACAAAGUAUAGAGAAUAUAUUUUUGGAACACAUUCAAUCGAUUUUUUAUCCCCUUGGAUUACUGUUAUUUUGCCAAGAGAUCAUGGAUAAAUAUUUGGAUAUAAAUAAAAAUAAUAGCGAAGCUAAAAACGUUAUUGCAAUUAAUUGUUUUUCUCUUAAGUUUUGUCUUCAAGUGUGUUCCAUGUUAUUACAUCAUAUUGAUCAAAACCAACCUAUGCCUGAGUUCAUUAAACUAUUAUCUUCCUUAAUGGCUGACCAAUUUGGACCGCCAUUGACUGGAUAUCCAGGUUCAAGUGGAAAUAAUACUCCAAAAGAAAUGAUGGAAGGAGUUAUAAGCACUGUGUCUUCUAAUAUUCAUGACUCCAAAUCUUUCGUACACAUUAAGGAUCCAGAUGCAGUAUAUCGAUUUCUCGAGGCUGAAGAAGAUACAAUGAUAUUCACAUGUGGACAUCAUUUUCCACUAGCUACAUAUAAAACCGAAGUAAUUCCAACGAUGGAAACCGAGUUACUGGGAUCCGAAUCAUUAGUUCUUCCACAUACAGCCCAGUACUUAGGAAAAAUGUUAUCUCAGACUACUAAGCCGGAAAUACUAUGCCCUUUGUGUAUACCAAGAGCAUUGGAAACAUUGGCGAAGAAACAUGGUGGGUGAGGAGUAUGUACCUGACAUUUUAUUUUAACGAAAAAGAACAAAAUGAUAGAAAAAGGUGAUAUAUAACUUUUUCUUAGGAUCUUAACGAACUCUGAAAUUAUACACGUGAAAGAGUGAACUUUUAAAUUAAUUUUAAUGAACUAAAACAUUAAACUAACACUGAAAUGUAGUUAAUAUAAAUUAAAAUAACAAUUACGUUUAAAUUUACUGACAACACUUGCCAUCGCAAUUGCGUUGUAUUCAAUAAACAUUACAGAGCACUGUAAAGAACUAAAGCUCUCUAUAUCUUUGGAAUUAUAUUUUUUAGAUUAUCUAUAGAUAUAGGUAAUUCUACAUAGACAUCAUUAUAGUGCACUAUAUGUUUCAUUACUUAAGAACAUGCAUCUUGUCCAAUAUCAGGAGGAUUAUUUCAUUAUGCACUUUGAAAUUGAACAUAUUCACUGAAUCUAGAUACAUAUUAUGUGUUCAUGAAUUGUCAAGUGAUAUUUCAAAUACUUUACUAAAACGUAUCAUGAAUUAACAAGGGAUAAUAUUAAGCAUUAACAUUUUGAGUAUACAUAUUUAAAUUUGUGAAUCUCAGAAAAUUAAAAAGGAUGUAGUGAAAUAUGUCAUUUUCAAUUAAUAUUCAACAUCCAGUCAGCACUAUAUUUUAAAAGAUAAGUUAGAGAUUCAAAUACAACGAUGUAACGUGAAGAAUAGCGAACCAGGAAUGAUUUCCUUUUUGGACUUUGUUUAUAAAACGAUUUUAUCCCAGAUUGUACAAAUUUUAGAAUUGAUAUUUUACAAGCAUUAUUUUUUAUGAAUAUAAUAAUUAUAUUGUUAGUGAAUUUUAAUUUAUACUGCUUGAAAUAUUCCUUUUAGCAGAUGUUACAUUUUAUUUGAGAACUAAUUGCUUAUCAUUAUCUAUUAUAUCUCAUUACAGUUUUAACUUUUAAUUUAACUGAAAGAUCCAGAUAUUGUGUUGUAAAAUAUAUAAACGGCUAUAAAGAAAAUAUGUCAAUAAGAUAUAAAAUUUAUUAACACUUUCGUGAUCGAUGGCACGAUACUACGUAUUUUUCUCUUUUUUUUUUUGUUUCAUGAUUUUAUCAGACCUCAGGGGAUACCCUUUCUACAAUUUUGGUAAGAGAGAGAAGGGUUAGAUAUAUGCAUAACAGAGUUGAAUGAGAAAUGAAUCAAUGCGGGCGCGAAAGUGUUAAUAUAUUUGUUAACCAAAUAUUACUUACUGUGAAGCCAUAAUAUAGAAUUGUACAGUAGUUAUAGAAACAUUGUAAAAUAUAUAAAGAAAAAAAAAAGGAGAUAGGAUUAGGAAAUAGACACAGCUAUUAUCUGUGCAAUCUUAUAAAAUUGGUGCAAAGUGUUAAGGACUGAUGAAAAAUGUUUUGAUCUAGUCUUCAAAGUAUAUGCCAGAAUAUAUUAGUUGAUCUUAGAAGUUGGAAAAAAUAGAUAAUUAUUAGAAAAGAUAUACAUAUAUAUAUAUAUAUAUAUAUUAUGUGAUUCUUUGUGAACUUAUGUUGAUUAGAUGAUCAAUGUAUUGACAUUGUAAACGUGUAGAACUUGUACAUAGAAAAUUGUUUAUAAAGUUAGAAGUUUUUGGUUACAGAUGGAGCAAGUUCAUAGACAUGUUCUGUUUUAUUUUUUAAAGUAGAAUUGCAUGGAAGUGGAAAAUAAUACUUGUGUAUGUGAGGAAACUUUUCCAUUAUCAUUUUAGUGACUAAUAUAAAUGAAGGUUUAGAAAUUAAUUAAUGCAAAUUGUGGAAUAAAAUGAAUAUUCUUUAUUGCUAAAAUUAUAUUAUUAAAUUAUAGAGCUAAAUGAAGGUGUAAAAUUAUAAUAGCACAAAAUGAAUAAAAUAAAUAGUAUAUGUAUGUACAUCCUAUUUCUCGCACAAAAUGAUGUAAGUUAGAAGUAAUAAAAAAUUAAUUAUUGACAUGCAAAAGAAUUACUCAGAGAUAUACAUUGUGUUGAGUCAUUCAGUA